UCUACGGAAUUGUUUGAGUUUUUGAGUUUAUUCAUACUGUUUUGUCUGUUUAAUGUAAAUAUUUUUAGUUAAUAAGAUAUAAAAUUAUCAAAAAACAUGAAUUCAAUUGAUAUAGAUCAAAGACUCGAAGAAUUACAACGAGAAUAUGUUGAUUUCUUGGAUGAUAUGGAAGAUCAGGGUAUAUAUGCAACUCUGGUUAAAAAUAUGAUUGAAGAAAACAGAUAUAGAUUGCAUGUAAAUAUAAAUGAUUUAAGAAGAAAAAAUCCUGCACGGGCUGUCAGUUUAUUGAACAAUUCUUUUGAGGAACAAUUAGCAUUUCAGAAUGCAUUGAAACAAUUUGUUGCCAAUGUAGAUACAGAUUAUGCCAAAGGUAAUACAGAUUUUUUUAUAGCAUUUGAAGGAAGUUUUGGAAACAAGCACGUCACACCAAGAACUUUAACUUCACGUUUCUUGGGUAAUUUAGUAUGUAUUGAAGGCAUCGUGACUAAAUGCUCCUUUGUGAAACCUAAAGUUGUACGUAGUGUUCAUUAUUGUAGUACAACAAAAACAGUUAUCGAAAGAGCUUAUACAGAUUUAACUUCAAUAGAAGCAUUUCCACAAUCAGCUGUGUAUCCUACUACGGACGAAGAUGGAAAUCCACUUGAAACAGAAUUUGGUUUAUCUACUUAUAAAGAUCAUCAGACUCUUACGAUCCAAGAAAUGCCUGAAAAGGCACCAGCUGGACAGCUGCCGCGCAGUGUUGAUGUUAUCUGUGAUAACGACUUAGUAGAUUUAUGUAAACCAGGUGAUCGAGUUCAAAUUGUAGGAAAUUAUAGAUGUCUUCCAGGAAAACAAGGAGGCUAUACAAAUGGCACAUUCAGAACAGUUGUAAUUGCUAAUAAUGUUAUGCAAUUAAGCAAAGAAGCCAGUCUCUCAAUUUCACACGAUGACAUAGCAAUGUGUAAAAAACUAGCUAAAAGUAAUCCAUGUAAAAAUAUUUUCGAACUUUUGAGUAAAUCUUUAGCACCUUCCAUACAUGGAAACGAAUAUAUUAAAAAGGCUAUUUUAUGUCUUCUACUUGGUGGCGUGGAAAAACUUUUACCCAAUGGCACAAGACUCAGAGGAGAUAUUAAUGUUCUACUUAUUGGAGAUCCAUCCGUAGCAAAAUCGCAACUCUUACGAUACGUAUUGUGUUCUGCCCCACGCGCAAUAGCAACUACUGGUAGAGGUUCCUCUGGUGUAGGUUUAACAGCUGCAGUUACAGUGGAUCAAGAAACUGGGGAACGUAGACUUGAAGCAGGUGCUAUGGUUUUGGCUGAUCGUGGUGUUAUCUGUAUUGAUGAAUUUGAUAAAAUGUCAGAUCUUGAUAGGACUGCUAUUCAUGAAGUAAUGGAACAAGGAAAGGUUACUGUUGCUAAAGCUGGCAUUCAUGCAAGUUUAAAUGCACGUUGUUCGGUUUUAGCGGCUGCCAAUCCUGUUUAUGGAAGGUAUGAUCAAUACAAAACACCAAUGGAAAAUAUAGGACUGCAAGAUUCUUUGCUUUCGCGUUUUGAUUUAUUAUUUGUAAUGCUGGAUACAAUAGAUUCAGAUCAGGAUAAUAUAAUCGGUGAUCAUGUUGUGAGAAUGCACAGAUAUAGAAAUCCAACGGAGCAAGAUGGAGAAGCAUUACCAUUAAAUAGUAAAUUAGAUAUGUUAACAACCAAAACUCAGGAUGAAGAACUUUCCGAAGAGAUAGAAAAACAAGUCUAUCAGAAAUAUGAUCCCAUGUUGCAUGGGCAAUCCUGCGCCAAAAAUGAUCAAAUUCUGAGCAUAAAUUUUAUGAGAAAAUAUAUUCAUAUAGCACGUUGUAUGAAACCGAAAUUAACAGAAGAAGCCAGUGAAGUUAUAGCCGACGAAUAUUCGAAACUUCGAUCGGAAGAUAUGCUUGAAUCUGAUGUUGCAAGGACUCAACCAGUAACAGCUCGUACUUUAGAAACAAUGAUUAGAUUGUCUACUGCACAUGCAAAAGCACGUUUAUCCAAAAAUAUUACUGCUGAAGAUGCGCAGGCAGCUAUUGAAUUGAUACAGUUCGCUUACUUCAAGAGAGUAUUAGAAAAAGAAAGAAGAAAGCGUAGAAGACGUGAUAGUAAUGCUAGCGUAAACAGUGAUGAAAGCGAAGAAGGUGGAGAAAGUAAGCGUUCAAAACGUUCAAAAAAAAGUCAGGACACGCAGGGAACAUCAUCUACCAAUGAUCCUUAUGAAUAUACAAGUGAUAUAGAUGAAUCUACUACUAGUUUGAACAAAAAGACUACAAGAUUAACUCGAUCUCAAAAAGCAUCUACUUCUGCUGGUACUUCUACUGGUACUUCUACUGGUACUUCUGCUGGUACUUCUGCUGGUACUUCUUCAAUUGCUAAAGAUUCUCAGAGUUCAGUCUUAAGUAGUGAAGAAGCUACAACGGAGACAUCAUCUGGAACAAUUACAGAAGACAGAUUGAAAGUUUUUCGAACUUUACUUCAUAAAUUAUUCCAAGAACAAAGAGUUCAAACUCUACCUAUUUCACGAGUUCGUGCUUAUUUGGAUGAGCAACACACUCCCAACUUUACACCUUCAGAGAUAACUGCUGCUAUUAAUAAAAUGACAGACGACAAUCAAAUUAUGUCUGCGGAUGAUAAUAUUUUCCUGAUAUAAUAUACUUUUUUAUAACAAUUAAUUUAAUA